CCGCUCGUGUGAUCCGGAAGACAGGGUGUGAGACAUGGGACGACACCUCGGGUCAGCAGCUGAUUCCGCCACACGUCUCGCGGAGGAGUCAGCGCGUGGAUACGUGUGAGUGAGUGUGCGUUGAGCAGUGGGGCUGCGCGCGCGUGUGAGAGUGUGAGUGUGCGCAGAGAGGGAAUCCACAACCUCGGCACCGAGCGGGACAUCCCUCCCCAUCCCUGCGACCGGAGCGAUCAGAAGGGGCUCGAACCCGCCCCAGCACUCGUCUCUGGCUCACUGGGACCCUGAACAUCCUGACCAUAGGCCAGCCAAGGUCACGUUGAUGCUGGUGGGCACCCCCCAGUAUUCUCCCCGCCACCUCCUCCUGCAUUGCUCCCAUCUACCCACCGGCCAUGGCUAUGAGCAGUGACCCUGGCUGCGAGAGGCUCGACCCUGACUCUGCCGAACAGGCCGCCGGCCUCACGGACAUCAUGGCUGCCAUGACGACGAAAGAUUCAGGCGGCUCGACUGCCAACGGCGUGAGAAACGGGGGGGCUCAGCAGGAGGGGGCUCAGGCCAAGAGGGCUCAUCCGUUGCGGCCUCACCUGACUGGAAGGAAGCUGUCGCUGCAGGAGAGAGGCACUUAUCUGUCAUCAGGCUGUGGAGGAGGCUACACACACAUCUCCCCUCGUGUGGCUCGCAGGCCCACGGUGGAAUCCAAACGUGUGUCUAUAUCUGACUCUCAGGACUGCAUCCAGUUGAACCAGUAUAAGCUGAAGAGUGAGAUCGGAAAGGGCUCCUACGGUGUGGUCAAACUUGCCUACAACGAGGAUGAUGACAAGAAUUAUGCCAUGAAGGUGGUGUCCAAGAAGAAGUUAAUCAAGCAGUGUGGUUUUCCACGUCGCCCACCCCCAAGAGGACCCAAGGCAGCCCAAGGGGAGCAGCCCAAAAUCCUAGGACCCCUGGAGAGGGUCUACCAAGAGAUCGCCAUCCUUAAAAAACUGGACCACAUCAACAUUGUCAAACUGGUGGAGGUGCUGGAUGAUCCCGCGGAGGACAACCUUCACAUGGUGUUUGAGCUGAUGCGUAAAGGUCCAGUGAUGGAAGUGCCCACAGACGAUGCUUUUUCAGAGGAGCAGGCGAGGUUAUACUUCAGAGACAUCAUCCUGGGUAUAGAAUACUUGCACUAUCAGAAGAUUGUCCACCGGGACAUCAAGCCCUCUAACUUGUUGCUGGGGGACGACGGCCACGUGAAGAUUGCAGACUUUGGGGUCAGCAACCAGUUUGAGGGCAACGAUGCUUUGCUGUCCAGUACAGCCGGCACUCCAGCCUUCAUGGCCCCAGAGACGCUGUCAGACCAGCGCAAGAGCUUCAGUGGAAAAGCUCUGGAUGUGUGGGCCAUGGGAGUCACUCUCUACUGUUUCGUCUUUGGAAAGUGUCCAUUUAUUGACGAGUACAUAUUGGCCUUGCACAACAAGAUCAGGACCAGGCUCGUGGAUUUCCCAGAAGUACCAAAGAUCAGUGAAGAGCUGCGGACUCUGAUCUUGCGGAUGCUGGACAAGAACCCUGACUCCAGGAUCACCAUCCCUGAGAUCAAGUUGGACCAGUGGGUGACCCAGGGAGGCAGCGACCCCUUGCCCCUGGAGGAGGAGCACUGCUCUGUCGUGGAGGUGACGGAGGAGGACAUCCAGAAUUCAGUCAAGUUUGUCCCCAGCCUCUCUGCAGUGAUCUUGGUGAAGGCCAUGCUGAGGAAGCGCUCCUUCAGUAACCCCUUCGAAUGCCCGAGCAGGAGAGAGGAGCGCUCCAUGUCUGCACCUGGCAGCCUGCUCAUGGACUCGUGGCCCUUCCGGCCCUCUUUAAAACUCCAUCCCUCUCUCAGAAAGGGAAGCACAGGAGACGGACCCAGAGAGGGAGAGCUGGAGGACCUGCAUGAGGACGAGCCCUCGUCUUGAGUCUGCCGUCCACAGAACUCCGUCCUCUUUACAUCCCCGUGCUUGGACUACUGUUCGCUCACCUCUCACACUCAGGCUUGCUUUGUUUUUUUUGCUUCCAGUCGAUCCUUUCUUAUUCCCCCAGUUUCCUUCUUCACUGUGGAGUCUCCCGGCUCUAAGUGUGAUCGUCUAACCUGCUCAACCACUAUGGGCAAUGCAAUGGAUAAACCAAUGAGAGGAGCUCUGAUCAUUUUCCGGAUCAAAGUAUUGUUCUGCAGAAAAAGACAAGGAAAUGUUUCUUCACUUGCAUUAAACUGUUUUGUGGUGGGGGGGACUUCUACUUUACGCCCAUGUUCGGUCAUAGUCAACCCAUUGAAGAGACGAGAAACUCAUCACAGACUUCAGCCUGUAAAUGACACUAUACCGUCUCUUCAGUGACGUACAUGAGUUUUGAUUUCUGAUCAGUGAUCGGCCAUUUUUAAUAUUGUACAAAGAUGUCUUAAAGUAACUUCAGUGUUAUCGUCUCACACCCUCGUUAUGUAUGUGCCAUCAGUAGCUUUUAUUUUGAAGGCCGAAGUACUUCCUGUGCUGCCUUCAUAGUCCUGGUUGGAGGGUGACCAUAAACCAGGCAGCGGUUUUGUUUGAAAACAUUUCAGUGUGACGUUUUCUGUUGUCGAUGCGUGUAACUAUUACUAUUAUGAUUAUAAUUUUCUCUUCAAAUCUAUUGUGAUUUUGGUUCUCGAACACUGUUAUACUUAACUACAACGUCACACACUACUGUUUGAUGUGAGGUCAUAGUGACAGAGAAUAGAGCACAUCAAGGUGCGUGUUGUUUUAGGAUGAGAGGGAACAGAAAGGAAUUAGAAACCACCCACACUGCCCUGACCAACGGCUAAUUGUCCAGUUAGCGCUCACGCAGAUGGAAUUAGAUCAACCAGUGCAGCAUCAUCCAGGUGAAGUGACUGUUCAGAGACAUCUAGGACAUCUGGGAGGCUGGGGCGGAGGUCAUUAAUGUCACUGUUAAUGAGGGGAGGGUAGUCAUAGUUGAGAACGGUCUCUUUAUUAUUAACCCAAAUAUAUUCUUGUCAGUUCGUUGUGAGAAUGAUUUCAACAGAUUUAAUCAAAUAGUCACACAUGAUGGCUCUGGUGUUCAGUGUCAUUACAGUAUGUUUAUCACAACCUUAUUAGUAUGGCCUUAUUGUUCCGUAAAUAUAUUUAAAUGGUUAAAUGAGAUCACACUUCAAUAUAUUUAUUCCUUUUCAGUUAUUAACGGUUCCACCCACCCAGUACCAUACAAGGUGGUGGUGGAGGGUGCUGCAGGUUUUCGGUUGUGUAAGUCGGGGUCCACACAGCCAGGCUGGGGACAGUUUUAAGAUGUGACCCCCCC